AUGAUUUUAACAGACGGCCAAAUAUUGAAAGAAAUUGAAAAAAAGUCCAUUGUUAUCGAACCCUUCGAUAGAGCCAACCUCGGAGUCAAUUCCUACGAUGUCCAUCUCGGUAAAAGGCUUGCUGUUUAUAAAGAACAAGAAUUGGACGCAAAAAAGAAUAAUGCCAUUGAAGUGUUUGACAUUCCAGAGGAAGGUUUCGUUUUACAACCAGGAGAAUUAUAUCUUGGAGUCACUCAAGAAUAUACGGAAACACAUAAUCAUGUUCCCUUCCUUGAGGGUAAAUCGAGUACUGGUCGUCUCGGAAUAUCUAUCCACGCCACUGCAGGAAAGGGUGAUGUAGGCUUUAAAGGAAGCUGGACACUUGAAAUUAACGCGAUCAAACCCACACGAGUCUACGCAGGGAUGCCCAUUGGUCAAUUGAUCUACUUUGAAGUCGACAAAGAUUCAAUCCUAGUUCCAUAUCACCAAAAGAAAAACGCCAAAUAUACUUCACAAACGACAGAUCCAGUCGGAAGUAUGAUGUGGAAAAACUCUUUCUAG